AUGGGUUCGAACAGUUGUUAUUCUAUAUUAAAGUAUUUAGUUGUUGUGAUAAAUCUUAUAUUUUGGAUUAUCGGUCUUGCUAUUGUGGCUCUUUGCAUAUGGCUUCUUACUGAUUCCUCAGCAUAUUUAAGAGUUACUCAAGAUGAACAAAACUUCCAAUCUGGUAUAUAUGUUUUUCUGGCAAUAGGUAUUCUUAUAUUACUCGUAGGAGUAUUGGGUUGCUGUGGAGCAUGUAACGAGUCUCAGUGUUUAUUAGUAUCUUUCUUUUGUAUACUCUUGGUCGUUGUGGCAGCAGAAAUUGCAGCUUUUGCUUGGGCGUACACGAAUCGAAACGAAUUGAAAAAUUUAGUCGAAGUCAGUUUUCAAAAAACCAUAGAAGAAGAAUAUGGGAUAAUUGAUAGUCGUACAGUUACAAUUGAUACCAUUCAAAAAGAACUUAAAUGUUGUGGGGCAAAGGGUCCCAUGGAUUGGGCUAACAGUCAAUACAACAACAAAAAAACACAAUUGGAUUUAUCUGUUUCUUCAGUAUUACAACACUUUGAAAUACCUGAAUCAUGUUGCAAAGGAGAUAAAGAUGACGUUUUGUGUAAAACUGGAAGAAUCGGAAAGGGAACAUUACCAAUAUCACCCAUUAUACAUGAAACGGGAUGUGUUUCUAAAGUAUAUGAUUAUAUCGAAGGUUAUUCUCCCAUCGUUAUCGGAAUCGUUGCUGGUAUUGCUAUAUUGGAAAUAUUAGGGCUUAUUCUUUCUUUGAUAUUAUGUUGUGCAGUUCGUUUUGUCGAUAGGUAUAAGGCUUAA